AUGGGGAACGAGAAGGAGACCUGUGAUGGUUCGGACGCUGCGGCUGAUCUCCGCCUAAUCCCGGAGUUUGACGGUGUGUUGCAGCCCGUGUGCGAGUGGCUGGACAAGGUCGAACUUGUGUGUCAGCUGCGCGGCAUCAAGGGACUGCACGUCGUCGUCCCGCUGAGACUCACUGGUGGUGCGUUUGCGGUAUAUCAACAGCUCGGAGAAGAUGAGAAGAAGAAGUACGAGGACAUCAAAAGGGCCCUGACAUCGGCGUUUGCUUCGGAUCGGUUUGAAGCCUACGACCAAUUUGAACGUAGAAGGCUGCGUCCAGGUGAGACGGUGGACGUGUUCGUCUCUGAGCUGCGCCGGCUGGCUGGCUUGUUCGGAGGUAUGCCGGACGACAGCCUGGCCUGUGCCUUCGUGGCCAAACUGCCAGAUUCAGCACGCCAUCUGCGAGACGCUUACCUGCAGAUCCACGUGCACGCAUCGCUGUGGCCGUAUCAGACUGUAGUGUUCCAGGGCAGACGGUGGUGUCUGAGCAGACUUGGCUUUGGGCUCAGCCUCGCACCGAUGGUGAUGAGAAAGGUGCUGGAAAUGGCCCUGAAACGUGACCCGAGGGUGCACACCGCUACAUCACCUUACGUGGACGACAUACUCGUAAAUGAAAACAUCGCUACUGCAUUGGAGGUGAAGGGUCAUCUGGAGGCGCUCGGUCUGACCUGCAAAUCCCCGGAGAAGGUGUCAGAAGGUGCUCGUGUCCUGGGCAUUCGAGUCUGGGGGGAGCGGCAAGGACUGUUCUGGAAGCGGGACAACCAGGAUCUACAGCCGCCGCCAAAGCUGACGAGGAGAGAGGUCUUCUCGCUGUGCGGACGUCUGACAAGUCAGGUUCCGGUGUGUGGCUGGCUGCGUGUCUCCGCAUCCUACCUGAAAAGACGCGCCACUGCAGCGACAGAUGGCUGGGAUGACGAGAUCACCGACCCAGAGCUCCAGAAAAUGGUCAUGGAAACGCUGCAGCGCGUGAAAACGGCCGAUCCCGCACGAGGUCGCUGGGAUGUCACCGGCGAUGAGGGAGUCGUGUGGGUGGAUGCCAGCUCCCUCGCCAUAGGAGCCGUGCUGGAGAUGGAAGGCAGCAUCGUUGAGGACGCCUGCUGGCUUCGGAAAAAUCCCGAGACACACGUGAACCUUGCAGAACUGGACUCUGUUGUGCGUGGCAUCAACCUGUCUCUGGCAUGGAACCUGAAGAAAGUGACUGUCGUGACGGACUCGAAAACGGUCUAUCACUGGCUAACAGAUGCGCUCUCCGGCAGAGCUCGGAUAAAGACGAAGGCGGCGAGUGAAAUGCUGAUUAGAAGGCGCCUGGAGACCGUGAAGAGUCUGAGAGAUGAGUACGGCCUCCAGCUGACCGUGAAGUGCGUUCCGUCAGUGGACAACAGGGCUGACGCACUGACGAGAGUGCCGAAGAAGUGGCUGAACCAACAAAGCGAUCCUGAGGUCUGCGGCGCUGCCUUCUCGGCGCCGGAUGUGGUCAGGAUCCAUGAAACAAGCGGACACCCAGGCAUCGGGAGAACGCUGCGCCUGUGUAGGGAGCACGACCCGGCUGUGAGCAGGCACCAGGUGCGCAGUGUCGUUAGCCAGUGCGAAAAGUGCCAGUCCAUCGAUCCAGCGCCCCAGCGGUGGACACAUGGUUCGCUGAGCGUGACCAAAUGCUGGGACAGGGUCAGCAUGGACGUCUGUCACGUAAACGAUCAGCUGUACCUGACUCUGAUUGACUGCGGUCCGUCUCGGUACGCGAUCUGGCGGCGGAUAAAGCGACAGGACACCGACAGCAUCAUCACGGCUCUGGAGUCGGUAUUCCUGGAGCGCGGCGCUCCGAGGGAGCUGCUGACGGACAACUUCACCUCAUUCCGCAGUGCCGCAUUCCACGAGUUCGUCAGCCGGUGGGGUGUCAGCGUCCGGUACCGAGCUGCCCAUGCGCCGUUCGGCAAUGGUGUCUCUGAGAGAAACCAUAGGUCGGUCAAAACAAUCGUAGCGCGCAAAGGCUGCUCAGUGGCGGAAGCAGUCUACCGCUAUAAUGUGAUGCCGCGCAGUGUUGACCUGAACUCUAGUCCUGCCAACGUACUGUUCAACUACAAACUGAGAGUGCCGGACGUGGAGAGUGAGGAAAAGUGCGAAGAGAAUCCGCCUGCGGCUCCGGCCGUGUCGGGCGGGGCCGUCGGCUGA